GCCUCUUAUAGCGGUCGGUCGCUGCUGGUUGCGCGCAGCGGUGUCUGGCAACAGGAAUUUGGGGAGUGGAAAUUCCGCUGUUACUUUCGCGGCUCGCCUCGUAUUUCUGACAUUUCUGCUGUGACGGUCAGUCAGUCGCUGCGUACACCGCGAGGGGCGGAGAACGAGCUGAACUGAAAGAAGGAGUAAAGACCUGAAGAGCAGCGCUCCGAUGUUCCUUGCGGUUGGUUUUCACUGAAUCUCGGUUACUGGUUUGUCAUUUGAAAAAUUUCCACUUGGAAGUACGUAGCCUAUAUCGUUCCUGUUUGGUAUCAGAAGUGUGAGGUUUAAUAAAGAACCGAGGGCGCACAGCUGACACUUUUGGCGAACGGAUUGUUCCUUCGUCUUAUUUUCUGCAUUUGGAUUAUUUUUUCCAGGAGAUGGCAAGUUGUUCCCUGACAGACCCAAGGAUCUGGUGCUGAAGCUCGCAGGAUGCUGGGGACCCUACAACAACCAGAUCUCUCACUUUGAGACAAUUUUUGGUUAUUUUUCUCUUUUGGACGUAACCCACCUGGACAAUUUCCCUCCCUUCCGUUUGUCUUUAUUUUCUUAAACAGAAUGUCUUUGUUGUACAAUCUAAGGAUGCAUAGAGGAUUGCUAUUCUUCCUUUUCACCCAAGUCAUCUUGGUUGCUUCGUUGACACAAACUGAUAAAUGCGGAGGGAAUAUAGAGAUUCACGCCGCGGACUACCUGACCUCCCCGGGCUAUCCCGGCGCCUACCCGCCCUCCCAGCAAUGCGCAUGGGUGAUAACAGCCCCCGAGCCUGGUCAGAAGAUCCUUAUCAACUUCAAUCCUCAUUUCGAUCUGGAGGACAGAGAUUGCAAGUACGACUACGUGGAGGUUUACAACGGCGGAGAUGAGCUUUCACCCAUGUUGGGGAAGUUUUGCGGGAAGAUCGCACCGUCUCCGAUCAUCUCCAGCGGCAGCCAGCUCCUCAUCAAGUUUGUCUCCGACUAUGAGACACACGGGGCGGGCUUCUCUGUUCGCUACGAGGUCUUCAAGACAGGUCCAGAAUGUUCCAGGAACUUUACGGCUCCCAGAGGCGUCAUCAAGACCCCGGGUUUCCCUGAGAAGUACCCCAACAACCUGGACUGCACCUUCAUGAUCUUCGCCCCCAAGAUGUCUGAGAUCGUGGUGGAGUUUGACAGCUUUGACAUGGAGCCCGACACCACGCCACCGCCGGGCGCCCUCUGCCGAUACGACUGGCUGGAGAUCUGGGACGGCUUCCCUGCAGUGGGACCCCAUAUUGGUCGGUACUGUGGCCAGACGUCCCCGGGCCGUGUGAUCUCCUACACUGGCAUCCUGUCCAUGACCAUCACCACUGACAACGCCAUCGCCAGAGAGGGAUUCUCUGCCAACUACACCAUCCGAGAGAGGAGCCUCCCCCCUGGACAUGAAGAUGAGGAUUUUGCUUGUAUGGAGCCACUGGGCAUGGGGUCGGGGGAAAUUUCUUCAGACCAGAUCAGCGCCUCCUCGCAGUACAACUCCAACUGGUCCCCUGAACGCUCACGUCUCAACUACCAGGAGAACGGCUGGACGCCCUCAGAUGACACCGCCAGAGAGUGGAUACAGGUGGAUUUGGGAUUUCUCCGGUUCGUCACAGCCAUCGGGACGCAGGGAGCGAUCUCAAAGGAGACCAAGAAGCACUAUUACGUCCGCUCGUACAAAGUGGACCUGAGCUCCACCGGAGAGGACUGGGUCACCGUGAAGGAGGGCUCAAAGCAGAAGAUCUUCCAGGGGAACCACAACCCGACGGACGAGGUUCACGCCUUCCUCCCAAAACAGACUCUGGCUCGCUACGUCCGCAUCCGCCCCAUUUCCUGGGAGCAAGGCAUCUGCAUGCGCUUUGAGGUCUACGGCUGCAGAACAUCAGACUACCCGUGUUCAGGCAUGCUGGGGAUGGUGUCAGGUCAGAUCUCAGAUGCUCAGAUCAGCGCCUCGUCGUAUGCUGACCGGGGCUGGGUGGCUGAAAAUGCCCGCUUGUUGACGGGGAGAUCUGGCUGGACCGGGCAGCAAACCAAGCAGCCCUUCAGAAACGAGUGGCUACAGGUGGAUCUGGGCCAGGACAAGAUGGUGAGUGGCGUGGUAAUCCAGGGAGGGAAACACCGUGACAGGAACGUCUUUAUGAAGAGGUUCAGGGUGGGCCACAGCCUUGACGGAGAGGACUGGACCAUUGUCAAGGAGGACAACACCACCAAGCCCAAGAUAUUCACUGGGAAUCAGAACCAUGACACUCCAGAGCUAAGGUCGAUAGGUCCCCUCCUGACCCGCUUCUUGAGGAUCUACCCAGAGAGAGCCACCAACGAGGGCCUGGGCCUCCGACUGGAGCUGCUGGGCUGCGAACUGGACGACAUUACGACUACAGCACUUCCCACCACCCCCAUUGCCUCCACACUUCCCAUGACCACUUUUGGGGCGACCACCACAUCGCCGUUCACCAUCCCCGGCACGACCUUGGCUCCAGACUGUCAGGACGGACAACAAGACUGUGCCAGCGAGACCGAGGCACCCGAAGACUACGACACAGUAACAGCUGGAGGCAUCACAGCGGCCGACCCCAUCAUGGACUUACCAGCGUACGUGUGGUUCGCCUGCAACUUUGACUUCUCGUCGCUCUGCGGCUGGACCAGAGAGACCGGUAUGGGGGCAGAGUGGCUCAUCCAGACCAACGGGGCUCCAGCCGUCCACAAAGGGCCGACCCUCGAUCACACAGGCGGACCAGGGAACUUCAUCUACAUGCAGCUGAGCGACACAGACCCACCAAGUAAAACCGGUGAGGAUGAUGAUGAUGAGGACAAGGUGGCGAGGUUGGUCAGCCUGCCCAUCACCGCAACGGACACCGACCUGUGCAUGUCCUUCUGGUAUCACAUGUUCGGUGAACACGCGGGAGCGCUUCACAUCAAGCAGAGCAAGGAGGCUGAGGGGGGUCAGAUCAUGUGGACGGUCAGCGGUCACCAGGGCAGCCGGUGGAGGGAGGGACGAGUUUUACUGCCACACUCGAGUGUCUCAUAUCAGGUGGUUGUUGAGGGCGUCGCAGACAGACGCAGUGCAGGUCACAUAGCUGUGGACAACAUCCAGAUCAUUGAUGGACUCAAUGCUGAGGACUGCAAGGAUCCAGAAGCUCCGACGUCUCCGCCAACUGAGAUCUUCAUCCUACCGAUGGACUCCCUCUCACAGGAGAACAGCGAGCUCGGUGGCCCAGGCAACAUGCUGAAGACCCUGGACCCCAUCCUCAUCACCAUCAUCGCCAUGUCAGCGCUGGGUGUCUUUCUGGGCGCCAUCUGCGGCGUCGUCCUGUACUGCGCCUGCUCCCAGGGCAGCAUGACAGACAGAAACUUAUCUGCCCUGGAAAACUAUAACUUUGAGCUGGUGGACGGCGUGAAGCUAAAGAAGGACAAGAUGAACGGACAGACUAACUAUUCAGAAGCGUGAGGGGAAAAGAGAGACGGAGCUGCGCUUGCUCCGCAUGGACACGUGAUGCAGCCAAUCAAGCAGGAGGAACACAGGGCUGAAGCCACCAAUGGGACGGCAGGGUGGGCUGAAAGUGAGCCAAUGUAAUUUUUUUUCUCAGGAGCGGCAGUGGAAUGGACUGACCUGUAGGGGGCACUGUGUAUAAAGAAUCUGUACAGCAAAAAAAAAAGAAGAAAACUAAGGAUUCUAUUUGUUUUUCGGUGUGCUUUGUUGAUUUUAUGUAAUCACAUGCUGGUGUUGAGACCAAUUCAGAUGAAAGUAUCGUUUCUGUACUUUUAUGGAAAGAUAAGAUUAGACUUAUUUUGUUGUUGUUGUUUUUUUUGGUCUUUUUUCAGAUGUCAUAGUUUCACAGAAAGAGCGGUGUAUGUGAAAAUCGCUCUUCUGAUAUCUGGGGCUCUUUAGCUGGCCAUAUGUCUGUGUGUGUGUGUGUGUGUGUGUGUGUGUGUGUGUGUGUGUGUCACAUUCAUAUACAUCUGCAUUUAAGGUGUGUAUGUGUCUAGCUGUAGGCGUAUAUGUGUGCAUUACACUCGUGUUUGUCUGUAUACAUGAAGUGCAAGCAUCUUUCCGUGUGUGUGUGUGUGUGUCUGUGUGUUUGUGUGUGUCUGUGUGUGUGUGAAAGCGGGUACCAUCGUGACCUAUGUCUAGUUCCGACAGUGCCUUUUUUUUUUUCUGUUGCCUUGUUUUCUGCUGGUUGUUUUUCUCAUCGGCUGGCGUUCCGUCCAGGGUUCCUACACAAACAUGUGGAAAAGUGAUUACACAACUACAAAUGGUUGGUAUUGUAGUAUACUGUCAAAUAGCGCAUGUGUUGGUGUAGAUCUGAAGAUCUGGCCUUGAUGACGUACUGACACCCAUUAAAACGUUAAAAUCCAAGUUAGGCAGUUAACAUUUAGGUUUUGGAAAGCUUUGGAAAAACUCAGAAUUUCAGAAUGGAAAAUGUGUAGGAGCCCUGAAUGCCUCGUUUUCAUGGCACAUGACGCAUCCAACACAUUGUAUAUAGGUUUUAAUAUAUUUGAGCACCCUUUUCUAUAGAAAAAGACACCAGUGCCGCAGUAUCCUUUCUGUGUUGGAAUCAAACUUGCCCUAAUCUCCAAAAAUCUGAAAAUGUACAGAAAAUAUUAAUUUUAAGAAGACGUGUUGUUUGUGUUUCUUUUACAAAUAUGAUCUGGUUAACGUUUUGUGAAUUUUGUCGUUGUUUCUAUUUGUGCUCUGGGAACAGGAAGGUUUUUAAAAGGAUGGAAAUAGCUUUGAGAUUAUGUGAAAGGGCUUACGGGAAGUGAAGUUUUUGUACAGGGUAAAAUGAACAACCUCAGUACCACUAAGAUGACGACAGUGCGUCAAGGAUGGAUCAUCUGGAUUGAAAUAUUUUAUAUUAUUGCUAAUGGCUAACAUUUCUUACUGGCACACAAAAUGACUAUUAAACCUUUAAGCAGAAGUGUGUCCAACAGCCUGGAAGCCAUCAGAAAGACUUCAAGUCUCACCAGGUCCAUCGGCAUCUUUUAUUGAACUGUGGAGGCUCUGAAUGAUUGAAAAAUCAAGAAUUAACGUUUGCCAUGACAUGUCAGUGUUUUUCUUGUGUUGACUAUCAGAGGAGAAAUCUUUGAUGGCGCAAAUGGAUGUUUAACGACCCCAACAGGUGACUAAUUGCAGCUGAUCAUACUGUCCAAUUCUUGGCAGUGUCCUGGAAAUAACACAUGCAAUUCAGUCACAUUUUCAUAACAAAGAUGAGUUUACUAGCUAAUCAGAGCAGCAACCCAACAGGAAUGCCUUGUAAAACCACAGGGCUCAUUCUUUUCAUUUCUUUAUUUCAAAGAAAUCUUAAAAUUGGACUUUAGAAAGGGUAAUUUGCAGUGAAGGCACUCUGUCUUUGUUUUUUGCAUGUUUCUUCACUUUUUUCUGUGGGAUUCCCCAUUUUACUCAUCUCUAUUUGCAGGAGAUUUUUUUAGCUAUCAAAACUGCAAAAGGGCCUUAUUUCCUGUCAUCAACAGUGAUCAAUGUCCUGGAUGAAAUCACUUUAAACUGAUUCCUUCUAAAACAUUUGGGUAUUUUUCAGUGAAAAAUUGGUUUAAAACUGAAAACGACGAGCCUUAUAAAUACUGUACUAAUACUGCUUUGUUGUGUUUUAGCUUUUGUAGCUAAAUGUGUUGUGAUACUGGUGACUUGUUCAUAGCACUGUAUAGGUGAGAGGAUUGAGUCUUUGAAGCCAGAAAUUUCACCAGUCACUAACUCAUUGGUAUCAAUGAACAACCUUAUCAACCUCCAACAGAUGUUAUAUGUUCACUCUGUGAUAAAAUACAGGACAGUUCUUGCUGAAUGUCUGUUUAUCCUGAGUAAAACUGACAGAUCCUUUACUUACAAAUAUUAUAAAGCCAUUAAGCAGGUAUGAUAGUUUGACGUAUUGCCUCUGGCAACUGGGAGAACACUGUAAGAUCUGCCCAUUUUUAAUGUAGCAUUAUGUGGCAUCAUGUGAGCUCAAAAUGUGAAGUGAGACUGUUCUUCAGUAGUCAAUAUAGCAUGCAUUCUCAAUUAUUUCCUGAUGAGGCUUUAGAAACACCUAUUUUAUCAGUUUUUGUUGUAAAGAAAAUCCACCGCCUCAAGUGGUUCAGUUUAAAUCAAAUUAUUGUCUGGUUUCUGUAACGACCGAGAGAGCAUUUCCAAUCAAACAAAGGUGCUCUGACUCUUGAGAUGUUCAUUAUUGUUAGCUCUUGAAAAUCACACUGGUUCAAUCGUCUUUGUUUUCUUAGCAAAAUAUCAACUACAUAUGGUUACAGCAGAAGAACCAGACAAGAUUAUGGGAAUCAAAAUGUAAUUUCAGUCUGACAGAAUGUGUUUCUAAUAUUUCAGACUGACAUCAAAAAGCUCCUUCCCCUUUAAACAAGAAAGGAUGCUGCAGCACUAGAUGUAAAAACAAAUGUUGCACUGAUAUAUUUAAAAAAGAAUCUGUGUUUAUGAUGUUGAUUUAUGAGAAGAGAGAGAGAAGGAAGGAGAACACAGUGUUAUUGUUGCUUCUUUUUAACACAGUUUCAGAUGACAAUGUUAUAAUUCUGAAAAGUACAAUUUACAGAGAUGUUUUUCAUUCUCGAAAAAGCUUAUAUCUCUUUGAAAUGUAACAGUUUUAUUUACUUGGUAUAAUAUCACCUUGUGUUUUUGUCACUGAUGUGUGUGCCAUUUUUUUUUCUUUGUAUGACAACAAAAAAUGUUUUAUUUUCAAUACUGCUUCUGUAAUUUUUGCUGUCCCCAAUCCAGAAAAAAAAAACAAGAAAGAAAAUAAGGAAGUAAAAAAAAUGGAAAAGCAGUGAGGCCUUAAGUGACUAAAAGUAUUGUUUGUACUUUGACUUUCUGGUCAGCACCCAGACUCAUCCUUCUCUGUCGUCUCAGACUCUGAUCAUUGACUAUUACAUUCCAAAGAAUUGGAUCAAAUAAAUGUUUUAAGUAAAA